AUGGUGCACAAGAGUGCAGUUAGGCAUGCUGCUUUUCCUCGUGUCAGUUACGAUCCUAUGUUACAACGAGAUCAUGAGAGGAUCAACCUGAACUACAUCUAUAACUCCAACAAUGUAGAGGCUAUCCAGAUGCUUCGGAUGAGAAGAGACCCUUUCUUUGCACUUGUGAAAACGUUCAAGGAAAGAGGACUGUUGGUUGAUAGCCUCCACACCUCUGUCGAAGAACAAGUCGCAAUGUUUCUUCAUGUCGUGGGUCAUAACCUGAGGUUCAGAGUCAUCCAUAGCACAUUCAGGCAAUCCACGGAGAAUAUCUCUCGGUACUUCCAGCAGGUGUUGUACGCAAUUGGGGAGCUAAGAGGUGACAUGAUCAAAUGUGUGGUACCGAGAUCAAUGUCUGUAACAUUCUGCGGGAGGAAGCUCUACACCAGCCAGAACGUGCUAGCAGCUGUGAAUUUUGAUAUGAGGUUCACAUACGUGCUUCCUGGGUGGGAGGGUUCAGCUCAUGAUGCGCGCAUCCUAACCAACAGCUUGUCAAGGCCUGAUGGAUUGCAAAUCCCUGGGGGCAAGUUCUACCUUGGAGAUGCCGGAUAUGCAUGCCGACCUGGUAUUCUACCUCACUUUAGGAAAACAAGGUACCACCUCAACGAGUUCUCUCCCAGGCACCGACCUCAGAAUGCGAAAGACUUGUUCAAUCUGAGACACUCAAGCCUUAGAGUCACCAUUGCGAGGGCCUUUGCUGCAUUGAAGAACAUGUUCAAGUUCCUUGACCAGAAACCGUUCCACACUUUUGACACUCAAGUAAAGCUGGUCCUUGCUUGCUGCAUUCUUCACAACUGGAUCCUAGGUUGGGGCGACUAUGACUUCUUCGAAGAGGUUCUCACUUUUGAUGAAGUAGAGAUCGACCAUGGCGUGGGCACAUGCGACAAUGAAGCCUAG